CCUUUCCACUGGGACAACCAGAAAGAAAAAGACACUUCACGGCAGUUAUCUUUCUCUCCCUCCUUCUCUCUCCCUCUCUCUCUCUCUCUCUCUCGCUCAUCAGUCCCACGUCAAUUGAUUUGUGUAUGAACAGCUGGGCGCUUUUUCGCCCCCUCUCUGCCUGUGUGUUCUGAAUGAUCAGCUGAUGAAGAGACUGAGUGCACGCUGCAAUGCUGGGUUGCUAAUUCUCUCGCCUGCAGACAAGCGGCAGCCUGGAGACCACAGCCAGUCUCAGGCUGUUCUAAAAGGAGCGUCUGAGGAUAUGGAGGAAGACAGCAGUUUGAAGAAACGAAAAAGUGACCACCAGGGCAACCAGGCCUCUGAAACGGGGCAGGAGAUUGUCGAGAAAGUAAAAAAACGGCGCGGUCGACCCCCAGCUGAGAAACUUCCACCAAAUCCCCCAAAACUUACCAAGCAAAUGAACACUCUUGUUGACAUGGUCAUUAACUACAAAGACACGUUGGGCCGCCAGAUCAGUAAAGGUUUUGUUCAGCUGCCAUCUAGGAAAGAGGUACCAGAAUACUACGAGCUUAUUCGCAAGCCUGUGGACUUUCGGAGGAUCAGGGAACGAGUACGUAACCACAAAUACAGGUGCAUUGCAGACUUGGAGAAAGAUAUAUUACAGAUGUGCCACAAUGCUCAGACUUACAACCUGGAGGGAUCUCAGAUCUUUGAGGAUUCCAUUGUGCUAAAGUCGGUCUUUGAGAGCGCAAGACAACGGAUAGUAGAAAUCAAUCAAGAGGACACUGAUGCUGUUGGAGGCAGCGAGGCAGUGUGUGGCAAGCAUUUAAACCUAGAAAUAAAAUCAGAAGCAACAAAAACAAAAUUUGACAAGAGUAGGGAGAGAAGCACCACUGUUCCUGCUAAUUCCAGUGCUAAAGUAAAGGGGAUUUACAGUGAUGAGGACAGCGCUGAAGACCAGGAGGACAACACAGGCUUGGAGGAUGGCUGAACUACAUCUUCUGGAUAUGAGCUUCAUGGCUGUCUGUCAUCUUGCUAACAUUGGAAAUUGAUAAGCUCAUCAAAUCACUUGCAUUUAUGUGAGUUGAUUCAGUGUCCUCAUUGUUCCCAAAUUUGUUCCAGACUUGAUCACAUGCACAUUAAUAUUUUGAGAUACAGCUAAUGAUAUUAUGUUGUAAUUAAGCAUAUACAGCAUCCUACUGCAUUGAAGUCAUAGACUAAAUAUAAAGUCAUAUCUAGAUGCAUACCUAUAUUCCAGGAUGAUAAGAAAGUAAGCAAACAAGUAAACACUAUUUAUUUUCAUUUUGCACUUUUGGCAGCAUGGUAACUCCACUAAAGGUCAGUCUAGGGCAAAUAUAUAACUCAGAUAAUUGCUUCUUAUUUCUGUUUCAUAUGUUUCAUGUAAACCUAUGACUUCUUAUUGUGUCACAUCACCAUUAUAUGAUUCUGACACAACAAAUGUAACACUGAGUUACAAAUUCAGUUGUUAAUAGAAUUUGACUUGGCAUCAAAAUAGACAAAAAGCAAUCUUUAUAACAACUAUCAACUAUUGUACUUUGUAAAGCCUUUAUAAAUAUUUAAAGUGGUGCUUGAAAAUUUGUGAACCCUUUAGAAUUUUCUAUAUAUCUGCAUAAAUAUGACCUAAAACGUCACCAGAUUUUCACACAAUAUACAAAGUAGAUAAAGAGUGAGAGGCAAAAUGUGAACCUUUGCUUUCAGUAUAUGGUGUAACCCCCUUGUGCAGCAACAACUGCAACUAAACAUUUCUGGUAACUAUUGAUCAGUCCUGCACAUCGGCUUGGAGGAAGUUUAGCCCAUUACAGUACAGAACAGCUUCAACUCUGGGAUGUUGGUGGGUUUCCUCAAAUGAACUGAUCACUUCAGGUCCUUCCACAACAUUUCUAUUGGAUUACAAGGAGGACAUUGCCUUGGCCAUUCUAAAACAUUCUUUAUUCUUCUUUAACCAUUAUUUGUAGAAUGAAGUGUGUGCUUGUGGUUGUUGUCUUGCUGCUUGACCCACUUUCUCUUGAGAGUCAAAACAAGCCCAAACCAUGAUACUACCACCACUAUGUUUUACAGGUGGGAGAAGGUUCUUAUGCUGGAAUGCAGUGUUUUCCUUUCUCCAAACAUAACACUUCUCAGUUAAACCAAAAAGUUAUAUUUUGGUAUCAUCUAUCCAUAGCCAUCUGGCUUGUCCACAUGAUCUUUGAACUGCAGACAGGCAGCAAUGUUCUUUUUGGAGAGUAGUGGCUUUCUCCUUGCAACCCUGCCAUGCACACCAUUGUUGUUUAAUGUUCUCCUGAUGGUGGACUCAUGAACAGUAACAUCAGUCAAUGUGAGAGAGGCCUUUUGUUGCUUAGAAGUUACCUUUGUGACCUCGUUGACUAUUACACGUAUUGCUCUUGGAGAGAUCUUGGUUGGUCGACCACUCAUGGUGAAGGUAACAAUGGUCUUGAAUUUCCUUCAUUUGUACACAAUCUGUCUGACUGUGGAUUGGUGGAGUCCAAAGUCUUAGAGAUUUUUUAAUUUAUUUAUUUAUAUAUAUUUUUUAUAACCUUCUAGAACUCAUUUUCUGAGGUCUUCAGAAAUCUCCUUUGUUCUGGCCAUGAUACAUUUCCACAAACAUGUGUUGUGAAAAUCAGUCUUUGAUAGAUCCCUUUUCUUUAAAUAAAACAGGACGCUCACUCACACCUGACUGUCAUCCUAUUGAUUGAAAACACGUGACUUUAAUUUCACCUUCAAAUGUACUGCCAAUCCUAGAGGUUCACAUACUUUUGCCACAAUUUCCUCAGUAAAAUAAAUGACCAAGUAUAAUUUUUUUUGUCUUAUUUGUUUAAUUUGGUACUCUUUGUUUACGUUUAGUACUUUUGUGAAAAUCUGAUGAUUUUUAGGUCAUAUGUAUGCAGAUAUACAUGUGAUACAUAAGAUAUACAUAGAUAUAGAAAAUUCUGAAGGGUUUCGCAAACUUUCAAGCACCACUGUAUGUAGCUCUAUUCCAGUUGUCAUGAAGGGAUUAUUCAUGUGUCAUGUAACCCUGUAAAAUCUGCAAUUGGUAUGAAAUGUUUUAACAGUCAGGGAAGUUUUUCCACUGCCCAUUUUUCAUAUAUAUUUUUGGUAACAAUUUAAUUAAAUGGAAAAUUGGAAAUUUGGAUGAAACAUUGUCACUUCUACUUUAGUUUGUGAACAUCUUUGGGAACAACAUUGAAAACUGAACUGUAUUUAAUCAAUCAAUGUCUUAACUAUAUGAUUAAUGAGCCCUGUGGUGUUUAUGGAGCAUGAUGCAUUUUGCUGAAAGGACAUUGCCCUCAAUAAGAGGAUUCUAAUGAUAACACUGUCAAGAUGUGUGUGUACUUUUGAGGGUUGGGAGAGAAAAUGUCUUUAUAGGUAGAUUUUGAAAUAAAGUUUUUAAGGUUUUUAUGAUAUGAAAGUGCAAAGAGGUUUGAUUUGAAUCAUCAUAAUUGAUAAUAAACAUUUUUAUAAAUAGUC